ACGAUUCUAAUCCUUGGGCGUACUAUUCAACUGAUUCUCAUAUCAACUGUGUUUCGUUGACAUUGGACGCUGCGUACGUACCGCGUAGAUUCACAGAGCAACGGUUUGUACGAGUCGCCUAGUCACAAUGAACAUCCACUCUAAACUGUUUUUCAAUUUUUAUAACGAACUGUUACCGAAAGGUGCAACUGUUAACCCAACACAUCCGAAGCACUUAAGUAUCACUGACCUAUGCGCAAUAGCCUCCAAAGGUAAUCCCAGAGGACAGCCUAGAGCCCUCGUAAUUGGUGGUCACGUUGACUUGCAAGCGAGUGGAUUCCUCAAUCGUGGGAUCCAAAAUCGUACAGAGAUAGUUGAAUAAAAGAAAGGGCAUGUGUCGUCGACGCUUUCGAUCCGAAGGGGGGGUCUAUGUAGUCAAGAUUUUCCGAAUGCGCCGAGGUACAUAAACCCAGCGGCGAAUUCUAGUUCCUCUGCGUCGGAGUUGUUCGCGACCAGGAUGUGCAUGCAAAGUUCUAUUAUCGUUUGUGUAAGUAGGCAGAAUGAGAGCGCGAUGGAGGCCAUGGGAUGACAGUACUUAUGAACUUGGUCGUUAUAUGCGCGAGCCUUUGUUAUGGAUUCGUUGAAAUCCGACGUCCUUGGAUGAGGAAGACAACCUUUGAGUUUGAAGCCAGUACCAUGAGUUGGUGAUC